CCAUCUGGAGGCACCGCAUUCCUUUCAUCUCGGACACGCUGUUAUCGGGUCAGAUUCAGAUAUCUAGACGUUCCUUUCCUAUCACAUCACCACAUCUGUUACUCGGCGCAUAGUACCUACCGCUCUAGCUGGCCGGACUCUAUCUGAUGCGUCGGAACCAGCCCUUACGCGUGUUAUAAGAUCCCGCCACACGCAGCUCCCGCUCAAUCUUAGAUUAGCCGCACGCUCCUUACGCCUGGAGUCGUAGGCUAUGGGUUCGUCUCAGGCACAGCUACGGCACCAGAUAGAUAUACCUGCCUUCACUUUCAACGAGGCCGAUAACAAGUUCAGGGGAGACGUUCCAUCGUCUCAUCCUCCGCCAAUCGUCACUAUGAGCGGAACCGCGAUGCCAGGCAAGACGAAAUCUAUGGCGGCGCCACCGGGAGCAUGGACGACGCCGGCCUCUCAGGGGCUCAGACCACGGCCUGCCACCAUCCAUGAGGGCUUCUCGUACUGUGUCGGGGGGGUAUUCGAGGGACUGCCGGCGUGGGAUUCGUCCGCCUUGCAAAUGCAGCAGACACCAAGCGAGACAGCAUCGUCCAGGCCCAUGUCGGUUCAUCAAGACUUUUACCCCGCCACCACGAUGGAGGGCAAUUCUUGGGCGCAGAAACCGUGCGGCGAUACCCUGGACAUCCCGGGCGUGGAGUCUGAGAUGAACAUUGGCAUGGCCUACACGACAGACGAAGUGAUUCAGAUCUCUGACAUUCGGUACCCUGGCCAUCCGCUAGACGGGGAUCAAAUGACAUUUGACAACGGGCUAAACCCACGCAGGAUGUCGGGAUCGUCCUUCACCGUGUCCACCUCUGGCGCUUUGUCGGAAAUGCCGUCGUACGAUGACUUCUCUGCGACCCUAUCAGACGCGGCUUCUCUGGCCUCAGACUACCCAUCGCAAUCUAACAGGAAUUCAAUGAUUUCCUCGACUCAGUUAUCCCCAGUCGCAUCGCCGAGAAUGACACCUCAGAGUCGGACUGAAUUGGUACGCACGCAGAGCAGGGGAAGAGCAUCGCCGUCGCCGCGUCCCGGGGUGCGUGCAGCUCCUUACUCGGUUGAGAGCGCCAGGAACAAGAGGUGGUCGACUGGAUCCUACGGCACCACGUCCAAUCGACGUCCAUCGCCUUUUGUCUACCAUCCGCCCCCGGAUGCCUUCAACUUACAUGCUCGUAUGGCCUCGCGCCACUCGUCGCCCACGAUAGCGAAUGGCCAACUACCCUUGAACUUUGGCAACCUCCAGGCAGCACAACAGCAUCCUUACCUCUUGAGUAACGCCCAGGCCUUCCAUCGCAAUACCAUGCUCUUACCCACCCAGCUGCCGUCCCACGCGUUCCAUCCAGAUGCGCAUCAGUUUGACAACGCACCUCCGCUACUUUCUCACGGGGUCUUCCGCAUGCUCCAGAGCAACGCCGAUCCCCAUUCUUUACAUACUCACUAUACCGAUCUCUCGGAUCCGCCCGACCUGUACGCCUCGCUUCACGAAGAGCAAGUGCCGCCGCCUCCCGAAGACAUGAACCCCACCGACCAGAAUCUUGUUCCUCAUGAGCAGGAGCUAAGGUUCGACGGCGACUUGUACACUCCAAAGUGGGUGAGGGGCCAUGGCAAUAAGCGCGAAGGAUGGUGCGGCAUUUGCAAGCCGGGGCGCUGGCUCGUGCUAAAGAACUCGGCCUUCUGGUACGAUAAGAGCUUCACCCAUGGCAUUAGCGCGGCGACGGGCAAUCCGUUCCAGGAGCCCCAGGAGACGAGGCGCAUGGAUGGAAACCCAGACGUAUGGGAAGGGCUCUGCGGCAGCUGCAAUGAGUGGAUUGCCCUUGUGAGCAGCAAGAAAAAGGGAACCACCUGGUUUAGGCACGCAUACAAGUGUCACACCCAUCCAAAGGUCAAGGAUGCGCCGAAACGCAGGAGGGAGAGCAGCUACACCCGUCCUCAGACAAGCACGCCCACGGCGACGACCAUGGCAAAGCCCAUCGCAGAGCCUCUCACCCCUCAAGCGACGCCGGCAAUCUCAGCUGCAAAUACGCCCACUCCCACAAAGACCCAUCCCCAGGUUCAGGCACAGCCGUCCUUGGAGCAACAGCCCGCCCCUCCGCCUUCGCAGCAGACUGCGCAGAAACCAGCAAACCCUCAGCCGCAGCGCCCACCGAGGCCCAUCCCCCCUCAGAUUCGCACCCAAGUGACGUCGGCUCCUCCGCGACCCCCGUCCCGGCCCGCAAUGAUCAGUCCGGCUGGCCCGCUCGCCGGCAUCAGCGGUUUUUCGAACAUGAUUUAAAUUCUCUUCGUCUUCUAUUUCGAGCCAGACUGCUAUCUACCUUUCUUACUUUUCAACAAGCAAUUUUUUAAUGCCCGUUAUGACCCGGAAGCAAUCAAAUCACUUCAUUCUUUCCCCCGACGGCUGUUGCCGAUGAUGAUGAUGAUGAUUAUCGGAAUCACGGAUUAGUAUAGUUAUACCUAUAGAC